GCGGGGGCGUGCCCCGGCGGCGGGGCGGGGCGGGGCGUGUCGGCGGCGGCGCGGCGGGGCCGGGCGGGCGGGCGGCGAAGCGGCGGCCGCGCUGUCAGGCCGGUGUCGGUGUGAUGAAGAUUGGCGGGCAGCCCCGGAUUGUACCGCCAACCUGCAGUGAGACCCUGUGCCAGGGAUUUGCCAAAAAGGACGGGACAGGACGGCGUUUCCCUUCGUCCAUCACGGCCAGACCGGCAGCGAACACGCCGUUGUUUUCCAGACACAUCUUGGUCGUGAUCCCCACCCAGAAAAUCUCAUUUUUGGGUCGUCAGGCGGACGUUUGCUGGGCAGCGGCUCCCUGAGCGCUCCCCAAACGGUUCUCGAUGUGACUCCCACCCAGGAUGCACCAUGUCUCCCCGGCGCCGGCUCUGACGAUGAUGGCCACCCAGACGGUGCCACCUCCUCCCUACCAAGACACCCCACAGAUGACGGCCGCAUCGCAGCCGCCCCCCAAGGCUCAGUCCGUUCACCUCUCAUCACCAGCAGCCGCCCCCCCGGCCCCGGUGCCGCCCGGAGACCCCCAGGCACAGCUGGAGGCUGACAAACGAGCCGUCUACAGGCACCCGCUCUUCCCACUGCUGACGCUGCUCUUUGAGAAGUGUGAGCAGGCAACGCAGGGCUCCGAGUGCAUCACCUCGGCCAGCUUCGACGUCGACAUCGAGAACUUUGUCCACCAGCAGGAGCAGGAGCACAAACCCUUCUUCAGUGAUGACCCCGAGCUGGACACCUGUAUUAUGAUGGUGAAGGCAAUCCAGGUGCUGCGCAUCCACCUCCUGGAGCUGGAGAAGGUCAACGAGUUGUGCAAAGACUUUUGCAACCGCUACAUCACCUGCCUCAAAACCAAGAUGCACAGUGAUAACCUACUCAGGAACGACUUGGGGGGGCCCUACUCCCCUAACCCCUCCUCCAUCAGCCUCCACCCCCAGGAGAUGCUGCAGAGCUCCCCCGCGGCGCUGCCGCCCGCGCCCAACGCUGCGCCCGGCGUGGUGGUGCCGGCAGCGCUCCCGCCGGCGAACUUGGCCAUGAGCGGCGGCGGGUCCCCCGCCGUGCCAGGCGGCGCGUUGUACCAGCCGGUGACGAUGGUGACGUCGCAGGGACAGGUGCUGGCUCAGGCUAUUGCGCCUGGUGCCCUGCAGAUCCCCAGCGCACAGGUGAACCUGGAUCUCACCUCCCUCCUUGAUGGCGAGGACAAGAAGUCCAAGAACAAGCGGGGGGUCCUGCCCAAACAUGCCACCAACAUCAUGCGCUCCUGGCUCUUCCAGCACCUCAUGCACCCCUACCCCACGGAGGACGAGAAGAGACAAAUCGCCGCCCAGACCAACCUGACCCUCUUGCAAGUCAACAACUGGUUCAUCAAUGCCCGGCGGCGCAUCCUGCAGCCGAUGCUCGACGCCAGCAACCCCGACCCAGCGCCCAAAGCCAAGAAAAUCAAAUCUCAGCACCGGCCCACCCAGCGAUUCUGGCCCAACUCCAUCGCGGCCGGGGUCCUGCAGCAGCAGGGUGGCAAUUCGGGGACAAAUCCUGAUGGCUCGCUCAGCAUGGACAACCUGCAACCCCUCUCAUCAGCCACGGCCACCAUGGCCAUGCAGCAGGCCAUGCUGGCCGCCCACGACGACUCGCUCGAUGGCACCGAGGAGGAGGAGGAGGAGGAGGAGGAGGAGGAAGACGAGGACGAGAUGGAGGAGGAGGAGGAAGAGGAAGAAGAGCUGGAGGAAGAGCCCGGCGGCCCCGCAGCGCCUGGCACCGACCUCAGCUUGGACCACAGUGACUCGCUGGAAUAGCUCGUCCUGCGCCCUCCCCACACCUGCGACAGCACCGCAAACUCUGAUUCCCCCAAAAAUGCCAAAAAUUACCAAAAAUGGCGAGAACAAAAGAAGAAUUGGUGAGAAAAGAGCAAAUUGGAGGCACUGGCGGAUGCCGAGGGAGCGCGAUGUCGGCGCAGGGAAGCGAAAGACGCUUGUUUACAAGGCACAUAUUGUGGCCACGUUAAUUUUUUUUGGUGUUUUUUUUUUUUGUUUUUCAGGUUCUAUUUUUAUUUUUCCCUUUCCCCCGUCAUUUUUGGGUAAGAAAACGUUUUUAGGGGAAACUGUUCCCCCGACGCGACGCUGUCAGGUGAAUUGUCACCGGGCGCCACCACAUCUGUCGCUUGGAUUUCUUGGUGCAAAAAGAACCAACAAACCAACCCAGGAUUGAUGCUUUUUGGGUCUUUUCCCCCCAAAAAACCAAUUCACGGGAAUAAAUAACACGCGGCGAAGAAGAAUCAUUGGCGAACGCAAAUUCUGCUUCAGGUUGGGUCUGAGGAUUUCACUGAUUGCCCAAAACUCUCCGUUUUGGGCCCGUUUGCUGACUCCAGAUGCAACUUUUGGGAAAAGGGAGGAAAUGCCCCCAAAUCCUUUAAUUUAUGUGCUAAACCGCCAUGAAAUCUGGAAGAAAAACCCACCGUCAUCCUAAAGGGCUGAGAUGACGCCAGGUCGGGAUGAGACAUUUUGGCACCAAAUCGGGAUAAAAAUGAAUUUAAAAACGCAGAUUUUCACCCAAAAUGAAAUGUUGACGUCCCAGAUAGGAGGAAAUUCACUAUUGCUGCUGGAAAGGUGGUUUUUCCCCUGAUAUUAUGUGGGGAAACGGUGGAGUUUUACUCCAAAUGAGCCACAGAGAAUGAUCAGGAAAAACAACCUGAUGUACUGUAGGUUGUUUCAAUUUGGAAAAGGGUGGAUUUUGCCUAAAAAUGUGCAGGGGGGAACACAAAAGAAAACGUGGGGUAAUAAUAAUAAUAAUAAUAAUAAAGGAAUUUUCUUCUGCAGGUUCGUCCCAUAAAUGCAGGUUUCUGUAAGAAGAAUCUUGCGGCUUUUUGCCCGUUUUGUCCUUAUUUUUUUGGCUCUUAAGGAGAGAAAUGAAUAAAAUAAAAGCAACUUGGGGGUGGAAACAAUCGACGAGAGACGCAAUGGGCAGAAAAGCCUAUUUUUCGAUACUGAUCUGGCGUGAAUGUAUCUGUAAUUUCAUAAAGGAUUCGUUGUGAUUUAGUAUUAA